UUUUGGUAAUGGUGAGGUGCAGUGGGGCAUGCCCACAACCGAAGGCACCAAAGUGGAUAAUACACAAGUAGGCCAGGCCAGGCCAUUCACCGAGGAAAUGAUUGCAGACUGUGGGCUUCAUGCUCUUACCUCUCCUAAAAUCUUGUUUGGGAUCCACCAUUUUGAUUUGAUUGCUGCCGAAGAGAGCAUGUUGAACACUUGA